AUGCCGGAGCUGAGUGCGGGAGGGAGGGCGCACCAAGGCUCCAGCCGGCGGUGCGGAGUGCGGGGCGGCCGCGGGAUGGCGGCGGUGCGGCGGUGCCCCGCUGCCUCUGCCGGGGCCGGGGNAGCCUGCGAGCAAGGACCUUCCAUUGUGACUCCUCCUAAGGACAUCUGGAAUGUGACAGGAGCACAAAUCUACUUGAGCUGUGAAGUCAUUGGCAUCCCAACCCCUGUCCUCAUCUGGAACAAGAUAAUUCGAGGACAGUACGGUGUCCAAAGGAUGGAGCUUCUGCCUGGGGACCGGGAGAACUUGGCUAUCCAGACCCGUGGGGGCCCUGAGAAACAUGAAGUAACAGGCUGGGUGCUGAUAUCUCCUCUGAGCAAAGAGGAUGCUGGGGAAUAUGAAUGCCACGCAUCAAAUGCCAAAGGAGAGGCAACAGCUUCUGCAAAAAUCCACGUUGUGGAAACUCUGCAUGAAAUAGCCCUGACCAAAGAUGAUGGUGCAGAGCUGUGAUGUGAGGACUUUCACUUAUGCACAGUUUUAAAUUAGUUUUUUGGAAAGCUGCAAGCUCUGGCUUUUUCUAGCUGACUAAUCAGUCCCUCUUAACUCCCUUUUUCUUUGAGUCCUAAUUUGCUUGCACACUUCUUUCACAGAUACACAAGUUCAAUUACAAAUUUUAAUUCUAUUUACAGGAAAUAAACAUACUUUUGAACAGCACA